AUGCACAUUUCGCUCGAGUCGCUAACGGCCGUCCUGGCCUGUCUUUCUACCGGAUAUGCGCUUCAAGUGCCCCCCGACACGCCGCUCUCCGAAUUGAUCUCCUCCGCGAAAGUCCAACUCGCCAAGGGCUCGCCGCGAGACGCUCUGGUAUACUUCGAUGCAGCGGUCUCGCGCGACCCAACCAACUAUGUGACGAUCUUUCAAAGAGGUGCAGCCUAUCUUUCAAUAGGCAAAAACUCGCAAGCUUCAGAGGAUUUCAACCGGGUGUUAGAACUAAAGCCGGACUUCGAAGGCGCGCUUCUCCAGCGGUCUCGCCUCCAAGCCCGCUCUGCACACUGGAAGGAAGCCCUACGGGAUCUCGAACAUGCUGGGAAGAAGGCAUCGGUGGAAUACAAGGAAGUCGAGGAGGCACGGGAUGCGGCGACCCUAGCCCUCGCCGCCGAGAAGAAAGGUGACUGGGAGGCUUGUGUCUCGCAGGCCGGAAUCGCAAUCAUGAAGGCAAGCACCGAUAUGGCUCUCCGGCAGGCUCGCGCACACUGUCGCUUCGAGCGGGGCGAGGUGGAAGAGGGAGUCAGCGACUUGGCCCAUGUUCUACAGAUGUCUCCGAGCUUGGUGGAGCCUCAUUUGCAGAUGUCCUCAAUGUUGUUCUAUGCUUUGGGAGACAGUGACCGUGGCCUAGCUCAGAUCCGCAAAUGUCUCCAUGCAGACCCGGACUCGAAGCCCUGCAAUCGCCUCUACAAGCGAGAGCGGCAACUGGCAAAGAUCUUGGGAAAGUUGCACGGCGCCCUGGAGGCACGCAAGUUCAGUAACGCUGUAAAGCUCUUGGUUGGCGAUGGUGAUGAAAGCGGCUUGGUCGCAGAUGUAAAGGCCGAUGUUGCAGAUGCGAAAGAGGCGGGCCACAUUCACCAUGCAGCGUCCAACAAUCUCUACGUCUUCCUCAUCGAAAAGACAUGCGAAGCAUACCGGGAGAUGCGUAUGGUCAAGAAGGCUGGACCUUACUGUUCCGAAUCUCUCCAGUUGGUUCCGUACUCGCUUCACGGUCUGUUGUACCAGGCCCAGAUCGAGCUAGAUCAGGAUCAAUUUGAGGAGGCUGUGCGCACUCUCAGUACAGCCAGGGAGCACCAUCCUCAUUCCCAGGAGGUUCAGAACCUUCUCCAGAAGGCCCAGGUGCUCUUGAAGCGCUCGAAGCAGAAGGACUACUACAAGGUCUUGGGUGUCGGCCGUGAUGCGGAUGAUCGGACUAUCAAGCGCGCCUAUCGUCAAUUGACGAAGCAGCAUCAUCCAGACAAGGCCGCUUCCCAGGGGGUGUCGAAGGAGGAGGCCGAAAAGAAGAUGGCCUCCAUCAACGAGGCAUACGAAGUCCUUUCGGACUCGGAACUACGGACUCGGUACGAUAAUGGCGACGAUCCCAACGACCCCGAGGCGCAAGCGCAACGAGGCAAUCCAUUCCAAGGAAGUCCCUUUGGUCACGGCGGUGGCCAGCAGUUCUUUUUCCAACAGGGCGGCGGACCGCAGUUCAAGUUCUCCGGCGGUUUCCCCUUCCGCUGA